AUGCCUUCCACUAAGAAAAGUCUAUAUUUCCUGUCCAGUGCGCUGGUUACUGCUAUAUCUGUUGGCGUGCUGGGGUAUGGCAUGUCAACAGAGUGGGCUACAACAACAAUGAAGUGCGCAAGAAAAGAACUUGGUAUCUUUAAUGGAACUGCUGUAAUCACUUUAAAGCUUUUUGAUGGCGUUCUGAAGAGAUUCUCUUGCCCUACAUUUGAUAACACAGAUGCUUUUCAAGUGAUUCCUAUGUUGAAAAAAAUAGGCGGUUCCUCAGUAGUCCUGCACGGGCUGGUUGUGUGCCUGUUGGCCCUGUGUCUGUUGUUUUCUGCCGUCAGCAUCCUCAUCUGCCUGUACAACAGUGUGAGUAACCCUUAUCAAACCUACAUGGGGCCUAUUGGCAUCUACACCUGCAGCUCACUCAGUGCAUGCUUGUCAGUUGUGGUCCUUAUCAUAUUUGUGGUGAAUGUCAAUGUGACCAUCGUGGCAGAGGAUCUGAUAAAGAACUUCUCAGGGAAUAUUGCGAUGGACCUAAAGGACCAAGCUUCAGAGAUGCUUGUAGGAUACUACCUGGUCAUCCCUUACAUGGUGCUGUCUCUCUGCGCCAUUGCCUUAAUCUACGUGUAUGACCACGCGGCCUACACGCACAGGAGAGAACAGGAGAGACCUACUGAGGAUGCACCCAAGGAGAUAAUGAUGUAUUAGUGGCAAUGGAGUCAGCUUUCAGUGGCACAGAUAAGUUGCUCAUCAGGUCUUUCUGGAGUAACAUAUUGUAAUAGAACAUUACAGACAGAGACUAAAAAAUUGAUGUAGGAG